AUGGGUGUUGCACCAGCUGGUGCAAAUUCGCACACUUUCUACCUCCCGCUCGUGGCCAUGUAUGGACGGUGGUGUAAAGUGCUCGGGGAUCCUCUACCAUGCCCCACAAUGUUCAAUUGCACCUGGAUAUCAGAGGGUGAAGACCGAGGUCGCUUCUUCUUGGGAGCAUCGAUUGGACGGUACAAGCAAGCGAAUGCCUCAUGGACGCAGUCGGUCAAAGAAGCAAGGUUCUCUUUGAUCAAUGAUGCGGAUAUGGCAUUAAAGGGAUAUACCAUGGUCGAUUGCCCUGCCUCUGCUAAAGGGAUCUGGUUCGGAAAUUGCGCCGAGGUAUAUCCGUUAUUACACAUGUUGAAGGGCAAUACCAACCCGGGCGCUGUUUAUGGAAUAGCUGUGCAUAGGAAAGGCGUGCUCCACAGCCAAUAUGAAGAUGGUGUCUCGGGAUGGGUUUGGAAAGCUGUACGAAGGCUGUGUGCUAAUUGCGAAGAGCUUGUCCAUAUGUGGAGUGGAUUGCCGGCUAACUUCGAGCCGUUUGCUGAUGUAGGGGGGUGUCACUGCAAUUUAGACUACUAA